GCUGCCUGUCCUGCUGGACCUCGAGGAUUGGCUGGGCUACCAGGGAUGAAGGGUCAUAUGGGAGUUCCAGGUGAGCCCGGAAAAGACGGAAAACCUGGAGACAAGGGAGACGCUGGAGAACCAGGCUCUCAGGGAGCACCGGGGCACAUCGGUGAUGAUGGACAAAGAGGUCCAAUUGGAUUUCCAGGAACCCCUGGAGAGAAAGGAGACCGAGGUCCACCUGGUUACAAUGGGGCUCCUGGUCCCACCGGCCCACCUGGAGCUCCUGGUGUGGAGGGAAUUCGUGGUCGCCUGGGUUUGCCAGGGUCUAAGGGGGACGAUGGAGCUGUGGGACCUCAAGGAUUGCAAGGUGUUCCUGGUGAGAAAGGUGAUUCUGGAGAACCUGGCAAAGACGGCGCAGAUGGACUUCCUGGAGCUGAUGGUGAAAAGGGAGAACCAGGUGCACCAGGAGGUGUUGGUAUCAGAGGGAUGGUUGGGAUUCCAGGACUUCCAGGAAAGCAGGGAGUAGUGGGACCCCCUGGAGAAAAGGGUGAGACUGGCACUGAGGGACCCACUGGGCCAGUUGGACUUCCUGGGAAAACUGGGGAGCCUGGAAAAGAUGGAGUUGAUGGAAAACCUGGAGAACAAGGGGCCACUGGUGAUACAGGAAAACAAGGGCCAGCGGGGCCAACAGGUCCACCAGGUCUGCAGGGUGUCAAAGGUGAUAAAGGUAGCACUGGAGCCAAAGGAAUGAAGGGCCAUACUGGGCAGAAAGGUGAUCAGGGACACAUUGGACCAGCAGGACCUAAAGGCAGUCAGGGGGACCCAGGUCUGGCAGGAGACUCUGGAGUCAAAGGAGAUCAGGGUCCUCCCGGAGUGCCUGGAAUCAAAGGAGAGCGGGGAGAAAAGGGAAACAGAGGAGCUACAGGAGCUGAUGGCAGACCUGGUCAACCUGGACAUGAAGGUGCAACGGGUCCCAUGGGAGCUCGUGGAUUGGAAGGAGAACCAGGUCUUGCUGGACCACCAGGCCCCAGAGGGUUACCUGGCCCAAAAGUGAGUGAUGAAAAGCUUCGGGAGAUGUGCUCAGCAGUUGUUGAAGAGCAAUUACAAGAGUUUAUGAAAGAGAUGUUGAAGAGGCCAGCAGCCAUUAGUGCUCCAGGUACCCCUGGACCAGCAGGACCACCUGGACUACCUGGGCCAGCUGGAGUGGCAGGACCAACAGGUACUCCAGGGCCAAUGGGCCCCAAAGGCCAUCCAGGAUUCUAUGGACUUCCAGGUGCACCAGGCGAGAAAGGAGAAGCCGGGGGAAAGGGAGCCAAAGGAGACAAGGGAGAGGAUGGUGUGGGAAUCAAAGGAAGUCCCGGUGCACCUGGUAUACCAGGUGUACCCGGUCCCCCUGGCAUUGGGAAAGAUGGUAAAAAUGGAGAACGUGGUGAGACAGGAAGUCCUGGCAUCCCAGGACCUGCUGGUCCAAGGGGUCUCUCUGGACAGCCGGGCCUUUGUGACCCAUCAACCUGUAUAAACAGACAUCCACCUCUGUAUAUGAUCAGUGGAAAGAAAUCUUCUACUUACAAAUGAGGCAUCUGAAAACAGAGACCCUCUUCAUACCUCAUCCUGCCAGUGAACAUGUUUUAUGGCUAUUUUUGUAAUUCUGAGCAUGGUGGUCUUCACCUGUUACACAAAUAGAAGAGACUUAAAGGGCAACAGAAAUGGCACAACUGUACAGAACCGUAAGAACCUGUUUUCAGAAAGAGCAAAGAUGUUGUUCAAAGAUCACUGCUACAGAUGCCGAGCAGCAUCUUGGACUGACAACAGGUCUGCCGGCCCAUGAGGUGUCUGUCAGGAAAAUUACAAAUUAUAACUGCCGACCACUGCCCA